AUGGUUAGCAACAUUCUAUCAGUAUUUAACCCUCCACCAUCGCGCGACCUAACAGAGGAGGAAACCAAGGACUGCCUUCCAUGCCAGCUUAUGAGUUCUGCGUUUGCACUAGGCUUUGGUUCCUAUCUGCUCAGCGGGCGUGCGUUCCGCUAUAACGAGAAAGACAAGGCCAAAGGAAUUACUUUGGAAGAGUUCAACAGAUACAAUCCAGCAUGGUGGAGAAACUCUCUGCGGACGGUGGGCGGCGCGCUGGUGCUGUUGGGGGUGGUUCGCGGCACCGAAGGCUGGCUGUGGAACUCAGACAAAUAUACCAAGGAGAAGAACAGCAGGUAA